GAGGCCGCGCGGCUGCUGUUGAACCGGAAGAGGAGGAGCUGGGCCUGGAGGAGACGCUGCCGGGUUUUGCGGGUCUCGGGGAGCCAGGCCUGGCGGGCAGGGUGUGUCGCGAUGCCCGAGCUGGCGGUGCAGAAGGUGGUGGUCCACCCCCUGGUGCUGCUCAGUGUGGUGGAUCAUUUCAACCGAAUCGGCAAGGUUGGAAACCAGAAGCGUGUUGUCGGUGUGCUCUUGGGGUCAUGGCAAAAGAAAGUACUUGAUGUAUCCAACAGUUUUGCAGUACCUUUUGAUGAAGAUGACAAGGAUGAUUCUGUCUGGUUUUUAGACCAUGAUUAUCUGGAAAAUAUGUAUGGAAUGUUUAAGAAAGUUAAUGCCAGGGAAAGAAUAGUUGGGUGGUACCACACAGGCCCUAAACUACACAAGAAUGACAUCGCCAUCAAUGAACUCAUGAAAAGAUACUGCCCUAACUCAGUGUUGGUCAUUAUUGACGUGAAGCCAAAGGACCUGGGGCUGCCCACAGAAGCGUAUAUUUCAGUGGAAGAAGUUCACGAUGAUGGAACUCCAACUUCGAAAACAUUUGAGCACGUGACCAGUGAAAUUGGAGCAGAGGAAGCUGAGGAAGUUGGAGUGGAACACUUGUUACGAGACAUCAAAGACACUACAGUGGGCACUCUUUCCCAACGGAUCACAAACCAAGUCCAUGGUUUGAAGGGACUGAACUCUAAGCUUCUGGAUAUCAGGAGCUACUUGGAAAAAGUAGCCACAGGAAAGCUGCCCAUCAACCACCAGAUCAUCUACCAGCUGCAGGACGUCUUCAACCUGCUGCCAGACGUCAGCCUGCAGGAGUUUGUCAAGGCCUUUUACCUGAAGACCAACGACCAGAUGGUGGUGGUGUACUUGGCCUCACUGAUCCGUUCUGUGGUCGCCCUGCACAACCUCAUCAACAACAAGAUUGCCAACCGGGAUGCAGAGAAGAAGGAAGGGCAGGAAAAAGAAGAGAGCAAAAAGGAUAGAAAAGAUGACAAAGAGAAAGAUAAGGAAAAGAGUGAUGUAAAGAAAGAAGAGAAAAAGGAGAAAAAGUAAAACAUGUAGCUUUUUUAAUUUGUAAAUUAAAAUCUUAUAAACUAAAUCAGUGUGCUGCUAGAGGGUUCUUUUUCACUUUAAGUGCUUGUUAAAAAGCUGUCCUGCUGAGAGCUCUCUGCCUCCAGUCACCCUUGUGGCAUAACUCGGAAGUGAAUGGAUGGAGGGACUGAUCUCGAAACUAAACUGCAGCUUCAGCUGCUAAGAGCUGGGGAUACGAUAGCUCAGGUUCAAGUGGUGUGAGAGAAAUGAAGAGAAGUCAGCAUAACGUUUUGGGUACUCUUCAUUCUUGUAUCUGUAAAACCAGGAUUUGAAUUCUCCCCAUCUUGAAAGACUCUUGGGAUCUGGUUCUGAUCAUUACCAACACUGCUAAAUGGAAUGCAUGAAUUCCAUAUGUUCUCUGCCUCCUGUAACACCUUGAGGUCUGACCCUUCUGAACUCCGUUGAAAAUACUAUACCACGUUUGGACCCGUAGCUCUGGCAUUCUCAGGGCUUGGGACCCAGUUCCAUAUAUUGUUUACCUUCAAAGACACAAUUAAAUGGCUUGGUUUUUA